AUGCUCAAGGGUCUAAUCAAGCGGGUCCAAGCUUCCAAAGCAACAAUAGGCCUCCACAACAACAAGGUCACUAUCAAGGAAACCCGAACCAUGAAAACAAUUAUGGUGGUAGACCCCAACACCCUCCCAGUUUCCAACAACCACGAAACACGGAUGAGGGAAAUGUGCUUUCAAAGACCACAAGGGGGAUUGCCCUUUACUACGGAGAACAACCUAAGGGAGCACCUAAAAGCGAUAGAGCUUCGGAGUGGGCGGAACUUGGAAAAGGCCAAUGGCAAGAAACAUGUUGUAGAGGAGGAUGAGCCUGAAGUGGUUGUUGAUAUAGCAAGUUCAAGUCAAGAGUUACCAACGGAAUGUGAGGAAGUGGUUAUCGAGGUUCAAGAGCCUUAUGUGAGGCCGCCACCGCCGCCACCUUUGGCGGAUGCACUCCGAGAGAUGCCGCAAUAUGCCAAAUUCUUGAAGGACAUCAUUACCAACAAACGAAGGUGGGAUAGUGGUGCAACGGUUCUCAUUCCGAAAGUGUGUAGCUCAAUCAUCUUGAAUGAUCUACCGGCUAAGGCGUUAUAUGAAGAUCAAACCGUGAAGAGCACCUCGAUGGUACUCCAACUAGCGGAUCAUUCGUUGAAGAGGCCUUAUGGGACUGUUGAAGAUGUUCUUGUGAAGGUUGAUAAGUUUAUAUUCCCGGUUGACUUUGUUAUUUUGGAUUAUGCGGUGGAUAAGGAAUGCCCAAUUAUCUUAGGGCGGCCCUUUAUGAAUACCGGGAGAGCUUUAAUUGAUGUCCAUGGUGGGAAAUUGACGUUGAGAAUUGAUGAAGAAACGGUUGAGUUUGAUAUGAAGAAAGUUAUGCGGGGUACCAUCGAGGAGGAAGGAUGCACGAAGGUUGAUUUGGUAGAUGAUCUUGUGAAGGACUAG